AUGCCGAUGAAUUCAUCAUUUUGUUAUAGGAAGAAUAAUGAAAAGAAGUCGAGGGAUAUUAGGGAAACCGAGAGAAAACCGGAAUAUCUCACGGGUUAUCCCUUCAAAAUCGAAUGUGCGCACCAGGGGUGGACCGGUAACCUGCCUUGUGUCUACGGGCCACACAAUGGUUGCUCACAUCAUAACCCGCUACUCUUGCCAAUUGCGUAUAACCAACACAUUCCGUCAAGCAAGAAACGGUGGAUCCUCGAAAGGUGUCCCGGGCCGCCUAACAUGGAUGAUUAUGAUGAAGUCCAGCAGAGUGAGCGAAUAUGGUCCAGACUACCUCCCAAACUUGCUACGGUGGACCCACUUGACCCUAUUCACCCUUCUAUCCGAUAUGCUCUAGCUUUCUACCAUCUCGACUGGAUUCGAAGAGCGAGGUACCCACAGGCACAGAUGGAGAGAGCACGGAGUCUGGCGUGCCACGCUGUGGUAACAGGGGAAGGAAACCGCCGGCCAGAAUUGGCGUAUUGGAUUGAUCCAUAUUGGCAGGAUGGCUCUGUUCUUCUCCGGCAAAUUGUGAGGCUCGUCAUCGAGCCCAAGAAGGAGAAUCGUAUCCUAGGACGCGAGUAUGUUAUGUUGCAAUGGCCAUGGGGCAAGUGGACUUUUCAGACUUGUCCUCAUCACCGGCACCGCUUUCGAAUGUGUGAAUUUCAAAAGACUCGUGGGCUCGUGAAAGCAACCAUGUCAUAUAAGACUAAAAUAAGGAUCUCUUCCGGAGUGUGGGCUGGGAUACAAACUAACUGGCGGAGUACCUACGGGCCUAGUGAGCGAACAUGGAAUUGUCGGGACUGUUGCACUGACGGCUUGGUAACUAUCGACUUAGUCGAGGACAAGAUCGGGGUGUAUCUAUACACGUGGAAAGACCUUGGAAAGGCAAAUGAUGCUUAUGACAACAAGUGGAUCGCGGCACUCCGAUCAAACGGUCCCGAGUUCGUAAGGCCCCGGCCGGGAACAGACCGUCAGCCGGUGAGGAGCGCUGUCCAGGCGGCAAUAAAUGAAAUAGAGAGCGAUUGGGUUUUGACAGGGAAGUGGUGA